GUGGGCUUGCGGUCGGGGGCGGGACUCUAGGAGGAGGUGGCUCGCCCAGCGGAGGUGCGCGAUACAGCGCUCGGACCUUCCGCACCUGUCGCACACACUUGUGCCUUCCUCACAGCAGCGCUGACGCCGACUUAUUGGUGACGCGUGACUUUCGAUCUCCUGGUCAUGGCCUAUCCGGGAUACGGAGGGGCGUUUGGAAACUUCGGUGGUCAGAUUCCAGGGAUGCAAGUGCAAAUGGGCCAGCCUGUGCCAGGCGCAGGGCCCAAUAUGUUCUCUGGUGGUUACCCUGGGUACCUUACAUACUCUGACAGCUACUCCCCUGCCGAUGACUCCAUGUGGACUUACUUCACGGCUGUUGCUGGGCAGGAUGGUGAGGUGGAUGCUGAAGAGCUGCAGAGAUGCUUGACACAGUCUGGAAUCAGUGGAUCUUAUGCUCCUUUCAGCUUGGAAACCUGCAGAAUUAUGAUUGCCAUGUUGGAUAGAGACUACACAGGAAAAAUGGGAUUCAACGAGUUCAAGGAGCUUUGGGCAGCUCUCAAUGCCUGGAAGCAGAACUUCAUGACCAUUGACCAGGAUCAAAGUGGCACCGUAGAGCAUCAUGAGCUGAGUCAAGCCAUCGCGCUCAUGGGUUACAGGUUGAGUCCUCAGACAUUAGCAGCGAUUGUUAGACGCUACAGCAAGAAUGGCCGGAUUUUCUUUGAUGACUAUGUCGCCUGCUGUGUGAAGCUCCGUGCCCUCACAGAUUUCUUUAGGCGAAGAGACCACUUGCAACAAGGGAUCGUGAACUUCAUGUAUGAAGAUGGUCUCUCUGUGUAACCCAGUGGAACAGAAACUCGUGGACCUCCUACCUUGUGCCCCAUUGUUUGCAGAAAUUCAAGACUUGCAAACCCUUGGCCAUACUAAAGAUUUCAACUGAAGAUGCCUUUCUCUUUCAUUAGUGAAGGCAUAGAUAACCUGAAAUGUCAACUGUCUUUGAAUCAAGCAGUUUUGAGGAGUGGGUCAUUUUAGUGAUGGGUCAGCAUUCAUUCACCUUUUUUUCUGUUACAGCCUGGUGCUGCUCCUAGUGAAUGGCAACAGUUUAAAGAAAAGCAAGUAAUCUGUUACUGUUUAACUGUUCAGAAAUUCUAUGUUGGAUUGGUAGUGUGGACGUGUGUGUGUGUGUGUGUGUGUGUGUGUGUGUGUGUGUGUGUGUGUGUGUAUCAAAACCCACCAAGAAGGGUUUUGAUAUUUUUCUCUUAUAUUUUUCCUCCUCCUCCUCCCCCCUCCUCCUCCUCCUCU